CUUCCGGUUUCAAGUGGUUCUUUCAACCUGGUGGCGAACGCGUGUCUGCCUGUGUUGAAGAAGUACACACAAACAAUAAUGAAUUUUUGUUGUCAUUACAUCCGUUUCUAAGGAAAAAGUUUGUUAUUCAGGUCUGAAAGAUAAUAACUAAUUUGUGGAUACGUUAAACAAAGGCAGAAAUGCCACACAAAAAGAAGAGGUCGUUCAUCGAUAAGAAGAAUGCUGUGUCCUUCCACCUUGUCCACAGAAGUCAGAGAGAUCCCCUAGCAGCGGACGAGAAGGCCCCUCAGCAUGUGCUCCUGCCAGCCACAAAAGUGGAGGCUGAGAAGCGUCGUGACGAGCAGAGGGAGUUCGGCGUGUUCUUCGACGAUGACUACAACUACCUGCAGCACCUGAGGGAGGUGGCUCAGCCCACGGAGCUGGUGGCCUCCACCUUCCCCCAGAAGAAACCCGUCGCCCUGCACGUCCGAGAGGAGGAGGAUGACGACGAGGAGGAUGAUGAAGAGGAGGUGGACGUCCAUGUUAUUCCUGCUGCCUCCAUCAACCUACCCUCGUCAGUGUUUGCCUCCGAGUUUGAGGAGAAAGUGGGGAUGCUCAACAAAGCUGCCCCUAUAUCAGGGCCCCGGUUGGAUAUGGACCCCGACAUCGUGGCUGCUCUGGACGACGACUUCGAUUACGACGACCCUGAGAACAUUCUAGAUGAUGACUUCAUCGUCAAGGCCAACACAGCCCAGGCCACAGGUGGUGGUGAUAAAGACGACAGUGAUGAUGAUGAGUGGGAGGACACGGAUGAUGAAGAGGAGAGUGGCGAGGAGGAGGGCGACUGUGACUCGAUGGGUGGCCUGUCGUACGACGGCGAUGAGGAGGGCCGGCGGGAGUUCCUGUUCAUGAAGGAGGAGACGAGGAGCCGCUUCACCGAGUACUCGCUCACCUCGUCCGUCAUGCGGCGCAACGAGCAGCUCACACUGCUGGACGACCGCUUCGAGAAGUUCUACGAGCAGUUUGAUGACGACGAGAUCGGAGCACUGGACAACGCUGAGCUGGAGGGCUUCAUCAACCCUGACAGUGAACGACUACGGGAGGUGCUCAACGACUACUUCAAACAGAGGGACCAGGACUGUCAGAAGCUAGAUGACCUCGGCCCUAAGGGGCUUGAAGGCAUCGAGGAAGAGGAGGAUGAAGAGGAAGGGCAGGAGAUGGAGACUAUCGUGGUCGAACCUCCGGCCGAGAAGUGGGACUGUGAAACCAUCAUCAGCACGUACUCUAACUUGUACAACCGCCCUAAGAUCAUAGAGGACCCUCCUAAGGCCAAAGGCAUCCGCGUGUCCGCUAAGACGGGCAUCCCCCUGGAUGUGCUGCCCAAGCGGGGGCCGACGGCGCGGCAGGUGGAGCGCAUGGAGCGCAUCAACGACUCGGACCUCCCACGGGCCGCCACGCAACAGCGCCCGCGCCAGGAGAGCACGGAGGAGCGCAAGGCCCGCAAGCAGGCCAUCAAGGAGGAGAGGAAGGAGCGGAGAACCGAGAAGAAGGCCAACAAGCUGGCGUUCAAGCAGGAGAAAGUCCUGCAGGAGAAGCAGAUGGUGGGCGUAAGGGCCAACGUUCAGGGUCUCAAGCUCUCCUAACCACAAACAACAACAAACAACAACAAAGAGCAGCAACAGCAGCCCUGCAACAAGUCCCCAUGUGCUCCCCAUCUCACUCAAAACUGAUGGACAGACUGACUUGGCUGCUCGUUUGUAAAAGAACUGACCUGACUGUAGACUUCAACAUGGUCUAUCAACACAUGGGGGACUGUGUGUGUGUGUGUGUGUGUGUGUGUGUGUGUGUUCGUGUGUUCCCCCCUGGGGUCUGUUGGAGAGUGGUGACCUCCUCUUGUAUUUAAUUUGUAUUAAACACCUUACACCCAAACAA